GGCGUUGCAGAAACUGUGGACAUCUCUCUCACUCCCUUAACCUACGGUUCAAGCCUACGACUGGAAGCCAGCCCUCUCUGUCGCGGACGCUGACGACCCCGAAUACACAACAAGACACCAUGCUGGCACGGUUCUGUUCCGUGCUAUACGCGCUCCUACUUUCCUUGUGUAUAUUAUCGGGCGUGCAGGCAAACACGGACAAGGUUGCGAACAAAACGAUAGAAAGGAGUGUACAACUUCGCACACACUCGAUAUUCCCGCCAUACAUCGACCAAGACCUGCAGAAUCGAUGGUGGGACUUUGGAGCUGACACCUACAUCAACACGAACAAGCACAUCCGCUUAACCCAGUCACGACCUGGCCAGAAUGGAUGGCUGUGGACAAGAUACCCUCUCACCGCGCCCAACUUCGUCAUCGAGGUCGAGUUCAAGGUCUCCGGCCAGUCGAGCCACCUCUACGGCGAUGGCAUGGCGAUCUGGCUGACCAAGGACCGUGCCGAGACGGGGACUGUCUUCGGGAGCAAGGACAAGUUCGAGGGGCUGGGCAUUUUCCUUGACACAUACGCCAAUUCGCGUCAUCCAUAUGGCUUCCCCCGCAUCGUGGCCAUGAUGGGAGAUGGGAAUACCGCUUACGACCAGGACAACGAUGGGCAUUCGCAGGCGUUGGGGUCUUGCUCCGCAAACUUCCGCCGUACAAAUGUCGACACGAAGCUCAAGCUCACGUACGUGAAGGGCGGUUACCUAGACGUCCAGGUCCGCUACAAGGCCUGGGACGACUGGACCCACUGCUUCCGCCUCGAAGACGUCAACCUCCCCUCCGCGCCCUACCUCGGCCUCUCAGCCAUGACCGGCCAAGUCUUCGACUCGCACGACGUCAUCUCCGUCGCAUCCUGGUCCGCCGUCCUCUCGGGCGACAACGCACAAAAGGACAAGAUGCCCAACCACGGCGACAGCUGGUGGUCCCCGCGCGACACCAUUUUCUCCCCCUCUUCCGCCUCCGAUGAGCCCGCCAAGGGCACCUGGCUCGGCUUCCUGCUCAAGCUCGUCCUUGGCCUCGGCGUCUGCGCCGGCGCGCUCUGGGGCUGGAACCAGUACAGGCUGCGCAAGCUGUACGGCCCGCGCGCGGGCAUGUUCGGCGGGCUGGGGUACUCGAACAGCAAGAAGUUCUGAGCGCGGUGCUCAGUCGUGGUCCGGGCUUUCAUGGUGGUCUGGGGUUUCUUCUUUGUUGCUAUAUUUGAACACUACCGGUACUUCGUCGAGACAUCUUACCUGGCUGGUACUGGCGGCUAUAUGUCAUACAUAAUCGACACGAUUUUCCGACGUCACGUCGAGCGACCGA